AUGUAUACCAAGUCCCAAAUACAAGCUGUAAUUAUGGCAGCUGGAAAAGGGUCAAGAAUGACAGAAUUGACUGCAAAAAAACCAAAAUGUCUUUUACCUGUAGGAAAUCUGCCCAUGAUAUGGUUCCCCUUGAAUCUUCUCCAGAAAACAGGAUUUCAAGAUGUAUUCAUCGUUGUUCUGGAAACAAACAAAAGUGAGAUCCAGGCCGCUUUAGAAAAAUUUAACUUAAAAAUUAAAAUCGAGCUCAUUGGAAUACCCGUUGGUGAAGAUUGGGGAACCGCAGAUUCUCUUAGGUAUCUAGAAGAAUCUAAUAAAAUUAAGUCCGACGUGCUAGUGUUGAGCUGCGAUUUGAUUACUAAUGUUAAUCUCCAACCGCUAUUUGAACUGUUCAGGAAACACGAUGCAACUGUUGCAGCUUUGUUCGCACCAGUGAGUAAUGCAUCAUCUAUAACUGUACCUGGACCUAAAUCAAAGAAUAAGACAGAAAAGGAUUUCAUCGGUAUUGAAGAAAAUACCUCUCGGUUGGUUUUUGUCGCUUCAGCAUCGGAUUUUGAGGAAGAACUUCCCCUGCCAUGUAGACUAGUGAAAAAAUUCGGUAAAAUAGCAUUAAAUUCUCAACUUUUGGAUGCUCAUGUUUAUAUAUUUGCCAGAGCGCUUUGUAAAUAUCUUGUAUUGAACAAAAAUAUAAGUACUAUCAAAGGUGAACUUUUGCCACACGUAGUAAGAAAGCAGAUGCAGCCUAAACACAAAAAGAUGGAUCAAGACAAGGCAGCUUCAGUAAUAGGCGUUGAUCUUAAAACAGAUCUACAAGAAAUGAGUGAAGAAAAUGAAUUAAUCCUCAAAGCUCGGUUAAUGUCUACCUUCACUGAUUCAAGGCUAGAACCAGUGUACAGGGGUGAUUCCUUACGAUGUUACGGCCACCUAGCCGAUGGGGUCACUAUCCGCGCCAACUCGCUCAUGGAAUAUACCAGAGUUAAUAGAUUGAUUCUUGAGAAAUGGUCUGAAUUAACCGGAAUAGAAGGAAAUAGAAUCUCGUCUACUGCUACGAUUUCAUCGACUCAGCUGGACUCGGACUCCUGCCUGGUCGGGGAUAAAGCUGAUGUUGCUGAGAAGACCUCUAUCAAAUCCACUAUCUUAGCUCCUAAUGUCAAAGUAUCGCCGAAGACACGUAUCAUGUCUAGUGUUAUUAUGGCAUCAGCGUCUAUUGGUGUUGGCUGCAAUAUCCAAAACUGCAUAGUCUGUGAGGACUCAGUUGUGAGCGACGGCUGUGAAUUGAAAGACUGCCUUGUUGGUAGUCAUUUUACGGUACCUGUUGGAGGAAAGCACUCAAAUGAAGUUUUAACAGAUGUCGACCAUUUAAUGGAAAUAUAA